AUGGUCACCUCUUUUCCAUCUUCCAUCAUUGUCCGAAGAUGUCUUCAUUGUUCCUCCCGCGGUCUCUUCCAUCAGGUACCAACAACAGAACAAGUGAAUGCUUUGUCCAAAGAAUUACGCAGUCGUGCCAUUAUCCCAGAUCAUGUGUAUAAAGCCAUCAAUGCAUUACCUAUAACAACUCAUCUAAUGACUCAGUUUAUAACUGGUUUCAUGGCUCUUCAGGUACAAAGUGAAUUUGCAAAAGCUUAUGAGAAUGGAAUCCAUAAAUCCAAAUACUGGGAGCCGACAUUUGAGGACUCUCUUUCAUUGAUUUCUCAACUACCAGCUGUAGCUGCAUAUAUAUACCGUAGGAUAUAUAAAAAUAGAGAAGUUGUAUCAGUGGAUGACUCGUUAGAUUAUGGUGUAAGUUUUGCGCAUAUGCUUGGAUUUGAUAGUCCAGCCAUGCAAGAGCUUAUGAGGCUUUAUUUCACUAUCCAUACUGACCAUGAAGGUGGAAAUGUCAGUGCUCAUACUGUACAUCUUGUUGCUAGUGCUCUAUCAGAUCCAUACCUCUCAUUUGCUGCAGCAUUAAAUGGUCUAGCUGGACCCCUCCAUGGUUUGGCUAAUCAGGAGGUUUUGCUUUGGAUAAAGUCAGUGGUGGAUGAAUGUGGAGAGAACAUAACCAAGGAUCAAUUGAAAGACUAUGUCUGGAAAACCUUGAAUAGUGGGAAGGUUUCGAAGCUUUAUGAAGUGGUGCCUCCGAUUCUAACAGCACUUGGCAAGAUAGUUGAUAGAUUGGAUGAAGGGAUUAUUUCACCGGAUCUUGGCGCUGUUGGUAAGGCCCUCUUUAGGGCUCAUGUUGAAGGUCAACUAAAGAAUGAGAUAAUGUCGAAGCCAGAGCUGUUUAACCACAUUGGGGCAUCUGCAACUCCAAGUCGAGCAAACAUGGCUAACAACAUGCAACAAAUGUCAGAACUUACUGGAUCUGAUUUGGAGCAGCUUGCAUUACAAACACUUGCACGAUUCAAUUUCAAGGGUCAUGAUCUUCUUGAAUUUGCAAGACAUGAUAGAGCCACAAGGAAAGAUGUUGCUCUUUACUAA